AUCUUCCUCACUGUAAUCCAUAUUUCUAUUUAUAGUCAAUGGUCCUCUCUGUAGACUCUCUCUGCUCAUCAAUGGAAGCCAUGGAGGAAGAAGUGGUGAUUAUCGGAGCAGGAAUCUCAGGGCUCGCUACGGCCCUCGGCCUCCACCGGAAGGGGAUACGAAGUGUCAUCCUGGAAUCAUCCGAGUCGCUGAGAGCUUCCGGCUUCGCUAUCACCUUAUGGACCAACGCCUGGAAAGCCCUCGAUGCCCUAGGCAUUGCCGACUCCCUGCGCCGUGCCCAUCUCCGCCUCCAACGAAUCGUUGCAAAAUCUCCCGCUUCUGGAGGCAUAACUGCUCAGAUCUCCUUCUCAGCUCAGGAGAAACGGGGAGAGUUUGAAGGGCGUUGCUUGAGGAGAAAGUUGCUUCUUGAGGCUUUGGCAAAGGAACUGCCUCCGGGCACUAUAAGGUACUCUUCUAAAGUGGUUGGAAUAGAGGAGGAUGGCUAUCUGAAGCUUCUGCACUUAGCUGAUGGGUCGAUCCUCAAGACUAAGGUCUUGUUAGGGUGUGAUGGAGUGAACUCAGUGGUCUCGAAAUGGCUAGGGCUCAGCAAGCCUUCCUUCUCUGGGCGCUCAGCCAUUAGAGGUUUCACUGAGUUUCCUCAAGGGCAUGGCUUCAAGCAUGAGUUCUUGCAGUACUCUGGAGAAGGCUAUCGGUUAGGGUUUUUGACCUCUGAUGAAAAGUCCAUUUAUUGGUUCUUCACUUGGACUCCCACUGAUCAAGACAGAGAUGCUGAAGACAAUGCAAGCAAGAUGAAGCAGUUGAUUUUGAGCAAAAUGCACAAAUCAAAUUUACCUGUGAAAAUCAUUGAAGUCGUAGAGAAGACUGAAAUGAGCGGACUUGUCUGCUCUCCACUGAGAUACAGAUGGCCUUCUGAUUUACUCACUGGAAAUAUCAGCAAAGGCAAUGUUUCUGUAGCUGGAGAUGCUUUUCACCCCAUGACCCCUGAUCUUGGCCAAGGAGGAUGCUCUGCACUUGAAGACGCCAUUGUUCUUGCUCGAAGCUUAGGCGGUGCUCUUCUUGAAGCAAGGCUUUGUAAGACUGAGGAAGAAGAGUAUGAGAUCAUUAAGAAGAGCUUGGAGAAGUAUGCGAAGGAGAGGAGAUGGAGGAGCUUUGACCUCGUUGCUUCUUCUUAUCUUGUUGGCUAUGUACUGCAGAAUGAUGGAGCAGUUAUUAGCUUUUUAAGAGAUAAGUGCUUGUCUGGGAUUUUGGCAAGGGCGCUUUUUAAGAAAGCCGAGUUUGAUUGUGGGGAGAUAUGAAAACUUAGGGUUUGGGGUGUAUAUUUGCUUUUGGUAGGGAAAUAUUUUGUAGUAUUGUUAUAGUAUGUGUAUGAGGAUGUUAUGCUCUUAUGAAUUUUGUUGAAUUUUAUGCACUUUUGAAUCUAAUUUGCCAAAUAUUAAAGGAUUAAAUUGAAUUUUUGGGA